AUGACCUCAAAUAACUCGGAUGCAGAGGUGAAUCUCUACUUGUACAAUCCAAGUCAUAUACUGCCAGCUGUCUUUGCCGCCUUGGUUGGCACGUCUCUAUUUCUGCAUAUUUACCAAAACUACCGCUAUCGAUUCUGGCGUGUGACCUUCUUCAUCUGCUGGGGUGGAACCCUAUUCACCGCGGGCUGGAUUCUUCGCUGCAUAUCGAGUUACCAUCCAGCAAACUUAAACCUCUACAUCGCAUCAACAGUCUUCAUCUAUGUCGGCCCACCAGUUUACUCAGCCGCCGCAUAUAACCUCGUCGGACGCCUCAUGAACUACUUGCCAAUGCACGCGGUCCUCAACCCCAACCGUGUCCUCAUCUUCUUCGUCUAUGUCGGCGCAGCCGUAGAAGCAAUUACAGUGGCUGGAGCAGCGAAGAAUGCCUCAGCUGGCCCUGACCUAGAUAAGUAUAAGGCCGGUGGGACUCUCGUCGCUGCGGGACUUGUUCUCCAAGCAGUGGUUGAAUGUGUUGUGAUCGGGGUCGUUGCAACCGUCCACGCCCGCUGCUCUCGAGCUCGGAUGCUGUCGCCAAAUGUCCGUAUGAUCUGCAUUACACUUUACGGGACAUCGACUCUUGUCUUGCUGCGAUGUAUCUUCCGUGCUGUCGAAGCAUUCGAGAUGUUUGGUAAUCUCGGCUGUCGGGAGAACUGCGGGCCUAUUCUCAGCAAUGAAUGGUAUCUAUAUGCAUUUGAGCUGGGCCCGAUGCUUCUGUUCACUUGGUGGAUUAACUUGAUGCAUCCUGGCCGGCAUUUACCUCGCCAGAAGCUACGCUAUCUGUGUCCUGAUGGUCGCACGGAGCGAAUGGGUCCCGGCUGGAUUGACCGCCGCUCUCAGUGGGAGACUUUUGCAGACCCGUUGGAUUUGAAGGGGAUGUUGAAAGGUGCGCCUUCCCAUGAGAAGUAUUGGCUCCGACAGGAUGAAUGGCCUGUGUGCAAGGAUGGUAGCUUUGCCAUGGGGACUGCUACCAACACGCGGGCUGCAAAUAGGGAUGAAAAUGACCUAGCUCCAUUUGGUCCUCAGGUUUGA